AUGUCGGGAGAAUCAAGUAACGCUCUGGUUCUUCGAACAGGUCCUGCCCCGAAAAUCAUUUCUGGACCCAAAACAGGACAACAAUCAUUAUAUCAACAACAUGUCCUAGAUGAAGACACAUACACCGACGCUUUAUCCCAUAUUAUCAGCAGAGACUUUUUCCCCAAUCUUCCCCACUUGCACGCUACGAAUGACUAUCUGACAGCCUUGACGGAAAAUGAUCCCGAGUUACUUUCGUCCUCUAUUCGCAAGUUGGCCCAUUUGGCUCAAGAGAAAGACGCUGGUAGGACUCCAGUUGGCGGUAGACGAAGCUUAGAUGAUAUCGAUGUUGAAAGAGCCAGAAGAACUGAAUUCGCGAUGACUGGAACACCAUAUAUCUCAAUGCCCGGAGCAAGAGGUGGAACCACUAAAACCCCCAUCGGUGCAAGAGGAUGGGAAACUCCGAACACGAUCGGCGAAAGCUCGAGAUCAGCCAGGAGAAGAUAUGAAGAUUACGACGAAUUGGAUGGCUGCGGUAUUAGCAAUAAGAUACCGGAAUCUGGAUCUAAACCUAUCAAAAGACAAAGACAACGUAUGAUAAGAGACGACCUGUCUUUGGACGCUUUCCAAAGAAACUACACUUCGGAAGACAACGCAUCAUUUGUUCAAAUAGUAGAAGAGGAGAAUAAGAAAAGGAGAGAAGAAAGAUGGGGGUGGGCAUGGGAAGCUGAAAAGAAAGCCAAUCAAAGGAGAAUAGAAGGUGAAGAAAAAAGAAAGAUGAUCUUGCACGCUGCCACAACUGGUCAAUGGAGAGUCAACGGCGAGGGGGUGAGAUUAAUUGGUGGAUUGGCAGAAGGUGGAAGAGACAGGAAUGAUGGUGAAGCUUGGCAGAGUACCAAGCUGUUAGACGGCACCCAAAAUCUGAUCUCAGCGGAAGGCCCCGGAGGGGAGGAUGACAAGAGCAGUGGUGCUCUUGUGUCUCAUUUGUCUGGAUCGUCUUCGACAGCACUGAUCAAGACUGGUGAAAUUCAUUCGGAAUCUCAUUCGAAAUUAGCAGGAAUAGCACUCCCACCAAAACACCCACUUACACAAGCUUUGACCCAAGCGGGUCUUCCAGCGACCGCCAUAAUAUCCACAGAAGAUGGACAGAUUGUGCCUCAUCGCGAGGGGGCUUCUGGAACUGAUGAUGGAAGAGGAAGGGGAGACGAGGAAAAGGCUUUGAGAUUGAGAGUCGAGGCUGCGGUCAUGGGUGACGGAGAUAGAGCAACAGUCUCCUUAGGAGGUAGCGGUGCAGAUCAAUGGGGAUAUAAGACUAGGAACAACCUGAUGUUUCCCGCCGAUUCCAACUCAGCACCGUAUCCUAAACCCCGUUCCGAGAAUACCGAACCAGUUGCCAAUCCGCCUUCUAUUUCUCACGCUAAUACAAGAUUACCUGAAGAGGAAGAAGUCAGACCUGGUAGAGGUGCAGGAAGUAGUAGAAGAGGUAGCAGUCCUGCCAGAAGCUGGGUUGAUGCGGCUGUGAAAGGGACUCCUUAUCACCGCGAACCUUCAAUGCCAACGAUUAACAACUACCCAUUACUUCCCAAUGAUCCAUCACCUUCUCCACAAGAUCUGCCUUCUCUGUUGACCUGGGGAACUUUGCUUUCCACUCCGCGAGCACUUGACGGCAAUGAUGAUCCUUUAGAUACGUCAAAAUCAUUCCGACUGCCAGAGAAUAAAAGACGCGAUGAAAUUGGAAGAAAAUUAGCUGAUAAGGCAAGUCGGUCCAUAUCAGAAAGAGCAAAAUCUUUCACGCCCCAACGUAGUGGAUCCACGUUAUCGACCACCCUUCGAGCUGCUGCAGACAGAUCACGCCGCGCAGAAAAAACACCUUACAAUGGGAAGGGGAAAAUGCUACCUCCUUCGUCAACGAUGACACCGAGAAGGCAGGCGGAUAAUCUCACUCCGGCAGCGAGAAACCUACUAGAAAGAAGUGUAGGUAGAUCACCACUGAUUCAUUCAGGUUCUUCCUUUGGUCGUGCAGGAGGAUUAUCGACUAGUGGGAGGAAUAGAGGAGCCGUGAUGGAGAACAAGUCUGGAUGGGGUGGCAAAACCGAAAGAAGAAUGACCUGGACGCCAAGUCCGAAGAAAUGA